GAUUACACGGCGCCUUCCUACAGGCAUGGCCUCUCCGCCGACCGCUCAAAAAUCCGCGCAAAGCUGAAGCAGCCAGCUCGUGUCAAGCGUACUAGAUCGCCGACUCCCGAGCCCAUGUCUUCCUCACCCAGCCAGUCCUCGGUUUCAUCUCUCAACUCGCCUCCUUCGUCCUCGGAAGCUGCUCGCCCUAGCAAGCGUCAGCGUACCGUAUCACCCUUUGCACUGUCGCCAAACCGGACGCAGCAGAUGGCCUAUCUUGCUCUGCAGGGCGGUCCUCAGCCACCCGGGUGUGCCCAGCCCUCCUCCCUUGAUCCAUCGCUCUCCGACGCGUCAAGUUCCUCAUCAUCUCGCUCCUCGUCAUCUCAGUCGGGCGCUAGCACGGCGAACACGUCUAUACAGGCCCACAGUGACGUCUCCGAGAUUCCUAGGUUCAAGCCGUCGAAAAUCGUAACUAACAAACCAUUCCCAUCUGGCUGGAAUGCGAAGGACGUCGAAGCCGCCAUCAAGAUUUUUGACGACACCCGCUUCACUCAUAUCAAGCCCGCCGACCGCUUUCAGGCUCUAUUCGGUCCCGACAUACGGUAUAUUCGCGAGACUCUACGCGAUGCAAGGACGCGAUGGAGCAUGGCCGAUGACGAUUGGAAGUCCAACAUCCGAGCAAUCCCAGACACGAAGGAUGGACUCUGGGACAAGGUCACGACGACCUUCAAGCUCAAACCCGCAUGCACUCGGCGACAGGUCGUCGAGAUGCACCAGGCUGGUCUCAUCGAUGUAGAAACUAAUCCUCCGCUGCUGUAUGCGUUGGCAUUGAUUCAGAGGGCGAUGACGAUGACGUUGUGA